AUGAGUAAAAGUGUCCUAAGAGCGCAGCUGCGUCCUGUACUAGAUGCAAUUCCUCACCAAGAGCUACAGCAACAAGCAAGGUCACUGCUUAGGGCAUUAGCUCCCAUUAUUGACAAAUACGACAAUAUUGGGUGCUAUAUGAAUAUGGAGAAGGGGGAAUUACCAACCGAUGAAAUAAUAGAGGGCAUAUUCAAAGAGGGGAAGAGUGUAUAUUUACCGCGAUGUACCAAUACAGCGCAUUCUGGGCAGAUUAAACUACGUGAUGUAGGGUCCAAGCCGCAGCGGCACCUGACCUUUCAUAGAAUGGACUCUUUUGAACAGAUAAGGAAGUUAAAGCCCUCCGGAAGGUACGGGCUGCGCGAGCCAGAGGCAGAGGAAACGGCGCCUUUACCCCCGGCUGAAUUGGACGUAAUAUUGGUUCCCGGGGUUGGUUUUGAUAUGCAUGGAGGACGACUGGGUCACGGAGCCGGAUACUAUGAUGAUUAUAUGUUCCGAUGCGACAAGUAUAACAAUCGUAGACCGCUGUUGAUAGGAAUGGCAUUAGUCGAACAAAGGGUUCUGAGCGUCCCCAUGGAAUCUCACGACGUAUCGAUGGACGGCAUAGCCUGGGGAGAUGGCAGCUUGGUAUGGACUGGUAGCCGUAACUCAAUUUACAUCGAUAAAUAG